AUGACAGAAGUCAAGGGCUCCUCCCCUCCUCCACCAGGGGCAGCGGCGAGGAAUAAUAAUAAUACAAGCAACGAGAAGAAGGAACGAGGCAGGAGCAGCAGGAGGGCGUCGUCGCCGGAAGCGGACGACAUCGGCAAGGUGACGGUGCUGGACGUGCUGCGGGUGCUGGGCGGCGUGCUGCUGCUCAACUUCGCGCUGAGCUGGUACAUCACCGGCGAGUCGUUCCUGUGGGGGUGGCGGCCGUGGUUCUCGCGGCCGGACGGGUUGAGGGCUUGGCUGAGAGGACCAGUCCUCCUCACAGACGAUGAGCUCUCCGCCUACGACGGCUCCGACCCCUCGAAGCCCAUCUACCUCGGCCUCAACGGCACCAUCUACGACGUCACUCCCGGCAGGCAUUUCUACGGCCCCGGCGGCGGCUACCACUUCUUCGCGGGCCGCGACGCCGCGCGCGCCUUCGUGACGGGCUGCUUCGACACGGACCUGACGCCCGACCUGCGCGGCGCCGAGGAAAUGUACAUCCCCGUCGACGACCCGGAGGAAGAAGCCGCCCUCACGCCAGACGCCAUCGCGGCCCGCAACGCCCGCGAGUGGGAGGAAGCCCGCAAGAAGGUCGACUCGGUCGUCGAAGGGUGGGCCCACGUCUUCGCCGGCGGCACCGGCAAGGAGUACCUGGCUGUGGGCAAGAUUGUGCGGGAAGAGGGCUGGCUGGAGAAGCUGCCGCGCAGGGAGCUGUGCGAUAAGGCGGCCGAGCUGCGGCCGAAGGGGAGGGUUAAGAAGAAGAAGAGUAAGGGUAAGAAGGAGGAGGGGGGUGGGGGUAAGUAG